CUGUGAGCCGCGGGGACCCCACUCGCCCGCACCCACGCGCCACGGGUGCACCCCCGCGUGCGCCUCGUACACCCACCCCCAACACCCCGGGUUCAGCCCCGCGUACGCCCCGUACACCCAGCCCCCCCCCGUACCCCGUGGGUACAGCCCCAUGCGCACCUACGCCCCCGGGUCACCCAGCAGUCCCACUCAGGCCCCUGCUGCAGCACCCACGGGGGGGCUGCCCCGGCCUGGGAGACUUUGCACCCUGGGACUCAGAGCAGGGCCUUCCCUCCCCCGCCAUGUCUCGAUGCAGACCCCAGAGGGGGCCUGAGCCCCCCACGGGGGCCACGGACACUAGUGGGUGUGAUGUGGACAAAGGGCUGGUGCCCACACCCCUGCGGCGCGAGCCCCGCUCAGCACCAACUCGCUUUCAGCAGAGCACCCGGCUCUCACCUCCCUGUUUGUUCUAGGUUUCCCUUAGUCCUGAGCUUGACCAAAGCCAUGCUUAGGCUCCGCUUACUAACGUGGGACGUGAAGGACACACUGCUGCGGCUGCGGCAGCCGGUGGGGGAGAGUUACGCGGCCGAGGCCCGGGCUCACGGGGUCCAGGUGCAGCCGGAGGCUCUCAGUCGGUCUUUCCAGGAGGCUUAUGGAGCCCAGAGCCGGCACUUCCCCAACUACGGCCGAGGCCAGGGCCUCAGCUCCCAGCAGUGGUGGGUCGACGUUGUGAAGCAGACCUUCAGGCUCUCGGGUGUGCACGAAGAUGGAGUCCUGACGCUGAUAGCGGAAAAACUCUACCGUGACUUCUGCAGCGCCCAGAACUGGGAGGUGCUGCCGGGAGCCGGCGAGACCCUGAGCCGCUGCUGCCAGCGUGGCUUCCGCAUGGGGGUCGUCUCCAACUUCGAUAACCGGCUGGAAAACGUCCUCUCCCAGUGCAACCUGCGGCACCACUUUGAAUUUGUCCUCACCUCCGAGGAUGUGGGCUUCGCCAAGCCGGACAGGAGGAUCUUUGAGAAAGCGCUGCGCCUCAGCGGGGUCCUGCCGGAGCAGGCAGCUCACGUGGGGGACAGCUACACCCAGGAUUACAGGGCAGCCCGAGCCGUGGGCAUGCACAGCUUUCUGCUCUGGGCUGCCAGACGGGGUGAGGAGCCAGAGGUGCCCCCUGAGCAUGUCCUGCCCACACUCACCCACCUCCUGGCUCUUAUUGAGAAGGGGUAGCUGUGUUUUGGAGGAGGACCAGCGCUGCUGCUGAGCAGUGAACUGGUCCUGGCACGGGAUUUCUUGCUGCUGGUUGGGCAGGGAAACAAGCAAGCGCUUCUGUGCGCAGGGAGCAGUGCUGCCUGCAGAGCAGGAGGGGUGUUAAUGCAAUAAAAUGUAUCUGACACUCAGCAUUGCUGCUGAUGUCUUUCAUAGCUCUAAAAACACUAUGGAAGAGGGUCAGCGGUGGUGUCUUCCCCUAACAGAGCUGGGGACUGGGUCAGGCUGUACUUCAGAAGGCUCAUUCUGGCAGGAGGGAUGGAGGCAGACAUUGAGCUUUAUCCAUUCUCAGUCACCCCCCUGUGCAAGCGCAUCAGCAGAGCUGGGGUUGGUCCCGUCCCAGGGAAGGUCUGCCCAUGCACGGCACCCAGGAAACCCACACACGGGCCCUGCAUACCUCGGUGUACCCCAGGUUUGCCCCCUCACCAGCAUCCCCCCUUCCUGACAGCGGUGGCCAGGAGGCAGUUGCAGGCCUCCUGCUGUGGGCAAAACAGGCUGGAGUUGGGCAAUUUCACUUAAUUUCAUAUACUGCCAAUUAACAA